UUAUAUACAUAUAUUGGAAGGGUGAAGAGUCAGAGUUCGUCGGAAAACAGGACCCAAUGAUUCCCAUAUGCCCAGUUGUGUCCUUCACCUAUGUGCCCAGCCGGCUAGGUGAAGAUGCCAAAAUGGCUACCGGCAACUACUUUGGAUUUACCCAUGGUGCUGCUGCGCAGUACAGCCAGCAGCCGACGGCUGGGGUAGCCUACACCCACCCCACCACGGUGGCCAGCUACACCGUGCACCAGGCUCCCGUCGCGGCUCACACAGUGGCGGCUGCGUACGCGCCCACCGCCGCCACCGUGGCCAUGGCCCGCCCCGCACCCGUCGCCUACGGGGGCUACCAGCCCGCCCACGCCGCCGCCGACUAUGGCUACGCGCAGAGGCAGCCGGAAGUCCCGCCCCCGCCCCCGCCCGUCACCUCGCAGAACUACCAGGACUCCUAUUCGUUUGUGCGGUCCACAGCCCCCGCUGUAGCUUAUGACAGUAAACAGUACUACCAGCAGCCCACAGCUACAGCGGCGGUGGCUGCCGCCGCAGCACAGCCACAGCCCACUGUGGCCGAGUCCUACUAUCAGACAGGUACGCUUAGCACAUCCUGGGAGACGACAUGGAAGAAAACUAUCCAAGCCCCUAAAGUGGGAUACAGUCAGGCUGGCACACAGUACACGCAGCCCCAGCAAGCCCGCCAGGUUACCGCCAUUAAACCGGCCGCCCCCAGCCCCGCCACCUCCACCUUCUCCAUCUACCCGGUCUCCUCCACCGUGCAGCCGGCCGCGGCGGCCGCGGCGGCAGCCUCAGUGGUCCCCGCCUACUCCCAGAGCCCCACCUACAGCACCAACGCCGUCACGUACUCCGGGACGUCGUACUCCGGCUACGAGGCGGCCGUGUACUCGGCCGCGUCCUCGUACUACCAGCAGCAGCAGCAACAGCAGCAGAAGCAGGCCGUGGCGGCUGCCGCGGCAACCGCAGCCUGGACCGGCAGCACCUUCACCAAGAAGACCCCCUUCCAGAACAAGCAGCUCAAGCCCAAGCAGCCCCCCAAACCCCCCCAGAUCCACUACUGCGACGUGUGCAAGAUCAGCUGCGCCGGACCCCAGACCUACAAGGAGCACCUGGAGGGCCAGAAGCACAAGAAGAAGGAGGCGGCGCUGAAGGUGUCCCAGAGCAGCAGCGGCGCCGGCGCCGGCGGGGGGGGCGGAGCCUCCGCCCGGGGCACCCAGAACCAGCUGCGCUGCGAGCUGUGCGACGUCUCCUGCACGGGGGCCGACGCCUACGCCGCCCACAUCCGCGGGGCCAAGCACCAGAAGGUGGUGAAACUGCACACCAAACUGGGCAAGCCCAUCCCUUCCACGGAACCCAGCGUGGUCACCCAGACGGCCACGCCCACCACCGCCGCCCCCAGCAAAACGGCCGCCUCGGCCUCCAGCGGCUUAACAGCGGUCGCCAACGGCCCCUCCGGCCCGGCCCCGCCCUUCGGCCCCGCCCCCUCCUCCGCCACGGCCGCCACCUCCUCGACCUCCAACCUGAAGCCCGUCAGCAUCGUCAACAGCGCGGGGGGCGUCCCCGGCAAGGGCCCCGCCCCCGUCAGUGUCCCCGCGGCCGCAGCCAUCAAGAAGGUCAACACCCCCAAGAUCAACUUUGUCGGAGGAAGCAAACUGCAGACCACCAGUGCCAAAGUGGACGACGCGAAGACUGAGACGUCCAAGCCAGCGCAGCCCCCGAUGGCCCCCCAGGCGCAGGAGAUGAAGGCCGACGCCUCGACCGAGCCGCUGUCUGCGCAGUCUGCUCUGGCUGCUCUGCAGAGCGACGUCCAGCCAGUUGGCCACGACUAUGUGGAGGAGGUGCGUAACGAUGAAGGAAAAGUGAUCCGGUUUCACUGCAAGCUUUGUGAAUGCAGCUUCAAUGACCCCAACGCCAAAGAGAUGCAUUUGAAGGGAAGGAGGCAUCGUCUGCAGUACAAGAAAAAGGUGAACCCUGACCUCCAGGUGGAGGUGAAGCCCAGCAUCCGAGCGCGGAAGAUCCAGGAGGAGAAGAUGCGGAAGCAGAUGCAGAAGGAGGAGUACUGGAGGAGGCGCGAGGAGGAGGAGCGCUGGAGGAUGGAGAUGAGGCGGUACGAAGAGGACAUGUACUGGAGGCGAAUGGAAGAGGAUCAGCAUCACUGGGACGAGCGACGGAGGAUGCCGGACGGGGGGUACCCCCCGGGUCCCCCUGGCCCCCCCGGUCUUUUGGGGGUACGGCCGGGCCUCCCCAUUCCUCAGCCUCAGGGACCUGUGCCCCCCCGUCGCCCGGACUCCUCGGACGACCGCUACGUGAUGACCAAACACGCCGCCAUCUACCCCUCCGAGGACGAGCUCCAGGCCAUCCAGAAGAUCGUGUCCAUCACGGAGCGAGCGCUGAAACUGGUGUCUGACAUCAUCACGGACCAGGACAAAGCCAAGGAGGAGGAUAAGGACAAGAAGGAUGUCCCGAGGGACAGGGCUCUGAAAGGGGUGAUGCGGGUCGGGGUACUUGCCAAGGGCCUACUGCUCCGGGGAGACAAGAACGUCAACUUAGUCCUCCUCUGCUCCGAAAAACCCACCAAGAGCCUCCUGACGCGGAUCGUUGAGCACCUCCCCAAGCAGCUCACGAUAGUCACGCCGGAGAAGUACGAAGUCAAGGGCUCCAUCCAGGAAGCGGCCAUCGUCCUGACGUCCGGCUCCGAGCCCAAGAUGCAGGUCACCAUCACGCUGACGUCGCCGAUCAUCCGCGAGGAGAACGCGCGGGACGGAGAUGUAACCUGGGGUUUGGUGAAAGACCCAGCGGACGUCUUGGACAGGGUAAAAUGCCUUGACGCUCUGGCUGCUCUCCGCCACGCUAAGUGGUUCCAGGCUAGAGCCAAUGGGCUGCAGUCCUGCGUGAUUAUUAUUCGUAUUCUCCGCGACCUGUGUCAGCGUGUGCCCACCUGGUCUGCGUUUCCCAGCUGGGCCAUGGAGCUGCUGGUAGAAAAGGCCAUCAGUAGUGCGUCCGGACCACUGAGCCCUGGAGAUGCACUGCGGAGAGUCUUUGAGUGCAUUUCCUCUGGAAUUCUGCUGCCAGGUGGCCCUGGGCUGGUGGACCCGUGUGAGAAAAACCCCACAGACACGCUGACGGUCAUGAAGGAACAGCAGAGGGAGGACAUCACCUCCAGUGCACAGUUUGCCUUGAGGCUGCUGGCGUUCCGCCAGAUCCACAAAGUGCUGGGCAUGGACCCGCUGCCGCAGAUGAACCCGCGCUUCAACGUGCGCAACACCCGCAAGAGGCGGCGCGACAACAGCGACGGCGACGGCGGCUUCGAGGGCGAGGGGAAGAAGGACAAAAAGGACUACGACAGCUACUAGGGACCACGACUACACUACUAGCCAGAAUCGCGUGCGCCAUGCGCUGGCUUUUUCAUUUUUUUUUUAAGGUUUUUUUUUUUUUUUUGACUACUUUUUAAAAUAAAUUCUUUUGACGUUUUCGUGUAGUAACCUCAGUCUGUCUCUGUCAGUUUCGUCUGCUAACCGUCGAGCAGACUGCCGCUGAAAUGGGCAAUACAGAAAACGCUAAUUGUGCGUGUUGUGUUGUUGUUUUAGCUGCAGGCGGAUCUGACCUUUAGUUCAGAUGGUCGUUCACCCUAGCUGAAGCGGUCCUUACCAUAGAUAUUUAAAUUAGGAAUGUUCAUGACAAAGGCUUCCUAAGCUGCAGUGCCUCCCUCUGGAGCCAUAUUUAAUUUUAAUUUUUUUUAUUUUUUUUUUAAAUAAUGGAGUGUGCUUUCAUUCCUCCUAGCUGUAAAGCCUAAAAUAAAAUUAAAGCCACAUGAGUUAACUGCUACAUUACAGUUGUAGAUAUUGACUAGACAUAAUUCUCAGAUCUUUACGAGCAUUUUAUUUUUUAAUGGGUCAAAUUCAGGUUUGGCUGUCUGUAGCCAAUGCGAAGCACGCAACCUAGGUUUGUGUAGAUGUAUUUUUGUUCUUUCUCAGAGUUGUAAUGUUGAGUAUGGUCUAAUUUAAUUUCACAAAGCAAAUGGUAUAUAGCUAUGGUCUUCUUGAAAGGCUGGACUGGAAAUCUGUUAAAAUGUCAAGCUAGUCUGAUCUCAUGUGUUCGCAGGUCCGUGUGGCAUUGUAUUACAUUUCCAAAAGACUGAUUCCUGAGAAGUUUGUGUUUGUAGUGCAGUUAUUUCUAAGCAUAGCAUUAAUAUACAAAUAAACUUAUAUAUAAUCUUGCAAGAGCAUAAAAGUGUCAACUUAUGAUUAAAAAAAGACUUUUGCAUGACAGUGUUUCUCUUUUGUUGUAUUAUGGCUUUUAAUGUUUUGAAGGUUUUAUUCACUAACAAGAUGUACAUCUUGAUCUUUACCUCAGUUUACUACAGCAUAGUACCUUUAAAGAAAUAUAUAUGAAAACUAUUAAAACAUGUUGGGGAAGGGGAUGCAUUUCAUCAGUGUUGUACUUGCAGUUUUCAGUGUAGAACCAGACCUCUUUGAUGACUGUCUCUCUGUCACAAUACUGCAUAACAUUGGGCAGAAUAAAGACAUUUCCAGAAUUAA